AUGAGACUCCCCAAGAUGAUGUGUGGUAAAUCCAUUGCCCCUGUAACUGUUGAUGAUGACACACUGUUUCCAUCAUCAUCAUCAUCUGCUGACAAGAGAUGCAGUUUCUGGAAAGCCACUUCCCCACUGGCAACACUUGCCACAGCAACUGGACUCUUUGUAAAACAUCCAUUACAUGAGGAAGCCAAGUCUUGUUAUUCAAAGGUUCUCUUGGCUCUUUUGGGACUCAGCAUCACAUUGAGUCUGUUGAUGAGACAGGCCUUGGUGGCACUUGUACAUGGAAGAUACACUGAUGCUGUGGUCAAGGUACCAGGCAUUACAUCCAUAUCCUUGGUGCUUUUGCUGUACUUCAUAUCCUGGGGAAAGGGACAGAGACUGAAGGACCUAAUGGACCUGUGGGACACUCUUGAUAUAUCUUCAAUGGCACAUCAUCAGCAGCAGAUGAUGAGCAAGAGUAAAGCCCUUUUGUCCAAGUCCAGGAAGCUGGCCUUGUUUCUGUUCCUCAUGAAUGCAGGACAAUUCUUUGGGCUCACUGCUCUGGUGAUAAAGGACCCAAUGAACAAAGUGUUGGUCUCCUCAGACCCCAUGUUGAAGGACACUGUGGUCUGGUACUACUUGGCACUGGGCAGUCACAUGGUGUCACUGGUGUACUCUGUGAUUUUUGGGUUUUGUGUGGAUGCCUUCACUGUGUUGUGGGCCUACCAUACUUCACAGGCCCUGGGAGAUUUGUCUUUGCACUUAAGCACCGGUUUGGCAUCACAAGCCCAUGAGCAAAGUUGUCCUGACCAAGUGGAAAGAGUGCUGAGGAUGAGACAUGGUGCUGAUGUUGAGGAUGGUACCCCUGUCCUAAACCAUCAGAGAGAAAAUGUGUCCUUGGACAGAGUCUGGGGACAGUUUGAGACCCUGGCUGAGUUGACCCAUGGGUUCAAUGAGGUCUUUGGAGUGGUGAUCUUUUCAAGCUACACAUGGGGCUUCUUCAUGAUCCUGGCCUUUCUGUACGUGCCAUUCAACACUGAAGGACAGAGUGAUGAAAUCUUCCUCUUGACAUCAGUUUUUCAGUCACUCACUACCUCUAUCCUCUCUGCUACUGUGAGGACACUGUUCAUAGACCAGUUCUAUGUCAAAGUUCAGAGCAAAGGUUUGGCACCUUCAGUCACCCUGAGUUUUUAUGUGUCAAGGAUGAAUGAGGGUCUGAUGCAAGUCCAUGAAGGAGAUGAUGAUGAAAAGAUGAAGCUACUGAUGUUCACCAUGUCACAGAGGAACUCAUUGUGUGUGAGUGCAGCUGACUACUUCAUCAUAACAAGGAGCACAGUUUACCAGUUAUUAAGUCUUUUGUCCACCUGCAUCAUCCCGUUCCUGGAUCCCCAAAGGAAGAAGUGA